AAAAAAUUUAUUUUGAAAAAAUAUACUGCGUUCUUUUAAACUCUGUUAUUGUCUAACAAAAGGAUGCAGGCACUACGACUACUGUAGGCAUGCAAACAACAUGGAGGAUGCAAGAGAGGUCAUGGAUCUGAGGGCAACAUAUGAGUUCUUACAUCGACAUGAAUGGAUUUUCAACUUUGCUGUCACAGAUUUCUUCACACUGAAAGUAUGGGAUUAUAUCCCAACGGAGUGGAGAAAUUCCUUGGAGUCUCUGAGCAACGCAGAGUUGAAUCAAGUGCCAUUUGGAUUUAUAAAGGAGAAUUGGCCAGAAUCUUUGAAAAAUUUCAUCACUAUGGCAACAAAUUGUUCAUCACCCCGUAAACAGAUCUGCCUCUUUAACCCAGCGGUGGUUAGCAACACAAUGAAAAAGGGGAUGAAUCCCAAGAAAAUACAUGAGGUGUCCAACAUGGCCGCUGUAAUACAUGAGAUGUGUAGAGAACAUGGUGUUAAGGUUGUGAUUGACAUAGGAUCUGGAUUGGGUUAUCUUGGCCAGGUGUUGAGCGCCACCUAUGGGUACAGAGUAAUUGGGUUUGAGUCCAUUGCCUCAAGAUCACACGGUGCCUCAAAAAGGAACGUAAAACAAUCUAAACAAAACAAACCACACAGAACACAAAAUCAAGGAAAUGAUGGAAAUGGUGGAAAAUCAGUCAAUGUUGAUAUAGAAGCAGAGGAGUUGUCAUCUCUGAUGGAAACAGUCACUUUGGAGUUGGAGGACACAAAGCAAUGUAGACAGGAACUUACUAAACUGUUAUACGAACAUUGCCUAAGUGAGAAAGAACAGUUAGAAUUGAAAGAAGGAAGCAAAGGAUUGGAUGACCUGAGAAGAAUGUCAGACCCUGCUAGGAAGGUGAACUCUUCAAAUGUGGAGUGUUCCAUGGAACAAUCAGUUGACCAAUCUAAUAUUGAUGCACUUUCUGACACUGUAUCAAAUUCUACUCCUUUGUCACAAUCUAAACAUGAAAUAGCACAAUCCAUUACGGCAUCAAAAUCUGACCAUUUGUCACAAACUGUGCCUAUGCCAAAUUCUACCCCUGUGUGUAUGGUGGGCUUACAUUGCUGUGGUGACUUAACUCCUACGAUGCUAAGACUUAUGCGGGAUCUAGAUGUGAUACAAUGCUUGGUUUGUGUGAGUUGUUGCUACCACAGAAUGAAAGAACAAUCCAAUAAAAGCAUUGUGAAUUUCCCGAUAAGCAAGACAGUAUCAGAAACUAUAAGAACAUCCAAAGUACCUGAUUGGUCACUGACCAGAUUUGCGAUGAGGCUUGCAGCCCAGGAGACAAAAGCCAGAUGGCAGCACCAGUCUGCAGAAGAACACGAUCUCCACAUGAAACAUGUUGCAUACCGUGGCUUAGUAGAGUUGUACAUGGAAAAGGAGGGGACUGUUCUGAAGAAGUGUCACAGAAAGCCUGCAAAGAAAGAACAUUAUGGUUCCUUUGAUGCCUAUGUUCAUGGUAUUCUUGAGCGUUCAACCAUUGAAGGCAAACCAUUGAGUGAGGUUGAGAAAGAUCACCAUUCAGCCAACCUAAAGAAAUUGUAUGUUGAAAAUGAAGAGAAUUUUAAGUACAUUGAGCCUAUAACUGCGUUGCAAGUUGUUCUCCAGCCAGUUCUAGAAACUCUUAUCACUUUAGACAGAAUGAUAUUUUUACGAGAGAAUGGCAUCUCCGCUGAGAUUAAACCAAUAUUUGAUGAAUACGUCUCACCUAGGAAUUUAGCAUUAUUGGCGAAUAAAACAUAAAAUAUGGAAAUGUUGCAGUAAACCUAAAGCAGAAUGACAUUACCAAAGAGAUCAAAGAUGUCGGAAAAUAACAAACUUCAGAUAGUGGAGCAGAAAUGAUUGAUAGCUGUUCUGAUGUAUUAUAGAUGACAAGCCAUAGAUAAUUCUUGUAGUGUCCCUUGGCAUCUCAAUUUGAAACUCAUGAAAAUAAUGAAAUGGAACUAAAUAAGCAGAAAUUGUAUAGGAUAGAGAAACAGUGAGAAGAAUAACUGGCAAAUGAUUCUUAUAGCGCAUUUUGGAGGCUGUCAUCUCAAUUUGACUUUACAGGAAAAA